GCUAGCUGGCCUUGUUGGCCCUUAAAUCGCACACUGGAUGCCCUGGCCCCAGCUACCCUCGCCCAGCCGCGCAAAGAAGGAUGCUCCUGGCUCUCGUCGGCCUCCCAGGAGAGGGAAGAAUUGAGUAUCGUUAGUAACUAUGGACUGGAGACCUUUUGGAGCCAAAAGGAAGACAGUCUUGAGUCUUUCUUGUUAUGGGUUGUAAAUACCACAUAAAGAACGAGUGCAUGUGAUGCUGGAAACUUGUAAAGAGAAACUGCUCAUGACUGAAAGGCCUAAGACAGAUGUAUCUUUCAAGUUCUUAUCGAGAAAAUGACUAUGAAGAAAAUGAUGGGUCAGGAAGACCAGUGGAAAACUCCCUAGGAGAGAGCCAUAGAAAAUGUACACUUCAGAAGAGAGAUAUAAUCAGAGAACUCAAAAAAGGAAAAUAUAUCAUGUAUGCCCUCAGAAGGGUAAAAAGAUUUUUAUUCAUGUGCAUGAGAUUACUCAAAUAGAUGAUCAGAUAUACCAGUGCCUUGAAUGUGAACAAACCUUUUGUGAAAACUUAGCUCUUAUUAUGUGUGAGAGAACCCAUACUGGGGAGAAACCUUAUAGAUGUGAUAUGUGUGAGAAAACCUUCAUCCAAAGCUCAGAUCUUAUUUCACAUCAGAGGAUCCACAGUUAUGAGAAACCUUAUAAAUGUAGCAAAUGUGAGAAGAGCUUUUGGCACCACUUAGCCCUUUCAGGACACCAGAGAACGCAUGCAGGUAAAAAAUUCUAUACAUGUGAUAUCUGUGGCAAGAAUUUUGGUCAGAGCUCUGAUCUGCUUGUCCACCAGCGAAGCCAUACAGGCGAGAAACCGUAUCUGUGUAGUGAGUGUGAUAAGUGCUUCAGCCGAAGUACAAACCUCAUAAGGCACCGAAGAACUCACACAGGUGAGAAACCGUUUAAGUGUCUGGAGUGUGAAAAAGCUUUUAGUGGGAAAUCUGAUCUUAUUAGCCACCAGAGAACUCACACUGGUGAAAGACCCUACAAAUGUAAUAAGUGUGAGAAAAGUUACCGACACCGAUCAGCCUUCAUUGUUCAUAAAAGAGUACAUACUGGGGAGAAGCCCUAUAAGUGUGGUGCCUGUGAGAAAUGCUUUGGCCAGAAAUCCGACCUUAUCGUACACCAGAGAGUCCACACAGGUGAGAAGCCGUAUAAAUGCUUGGAAUGUAUGAGAAGUUUUACCCGGAGUGCCAACCUCAUCAGGCACCAGGCAACUCACACUCACACUUUUAAAUGCCUUGAAUAUGAGAAGAGCUUCAGCUGUAGUUCAGACCUUAUUGUGCAUCAAAGAAUUCACAUGGAAGAGAAACCACAUCAGUGGUCUGCAUGUGAGAGUGGCUUCCUCUUAGGCAUGGACUUCGUUGCCCAACAGAAAAUGAGAACUCAGACAGAGGAGCUGCAUUAUAAAUACAGUGUCUGUGAUAAAAGCUUUCAUCAGAGCUCAGCCCUUCUUCAACAUCAGACAAUCCACAUCGGUGAAAAACCAUAUAUCUGUAAUGUGGCUGAGAAAGGUCUUGAGCUCAGCCCUCCCCAUGUAUCAGAAGCCUCACAGAUGUCUUGACCAGACAAGAAGUUAUUCCAUUAAAAAGGGUGUAUUUACAAUGUAAGAGAACUCACUUAAGAUGGAGAACUCAAAGCAAAUCUCAGACUUUCCUCAGAGCUCAGACUUUAUUGGGGACCAGAAAAUCUGUAGUUGUAGGAACUUGAGAAUUGGUUUGACCAGAGGGCUGUCUUUACAGAACCGUAUCAAUCACUCCAGUGAGAAACCUUACAGAUGCCCUGAGUUUUUGGAAAACCUCAGUCCAAGCUCAUGUCUGAUCAUCCACAAGAGGAUUUAUAUAGGUGGGAAACUUAUAAGUCCGGUGAAUGUGAGAAAGCUCUCUAGCAGUGCUCACCUCUCCUCAUUCCAAGAUAAUUCAGAUCAGAGGAUGAUAUUUUUUUAAUGCCCUGUGAAACAGUGCUUCAGACAGUAUGCACGCCUCAUUGGAUGUCAGAAAGCCCCAUUGGAAAGACCCCAACAGUAGUGAAAAAAGCCUCUUAACGUAACUGUGACUAUUACCUAUCAUAAGAGAAGCCAUACAGGUGAAAAUUUGUGUAUUUGCCUUGAAUGUGGCAAAAGCGUUAAGUGGAGAGCCUUCUUGGGUUUGCAAACCCCUCCCCCCCAAAAAAAAUCUGAUGAAGGACCUUAUGAAUUCUCUGAAUGAGAAAAACUUCUGUCAAUGAUCAGUUCUUGUACACCAGGGAACUUGUAUAAGUGAAAGACCCUAUAAAUAACCGUAAGUCUGGGGGAAAAAAAUCCUUGCAGGAAAUCUCUACCUUAUUGGGCCCCAAAGAAACUACUCUGGAGAGCAUUUUGUAGACCUCUAUAGAGGUCUCACUGUGGACUGUGUACAUUUAAUAGGUAUGAGAACUGUUCUCAUAGUUAGUUGACCCCUGUAGUAGAGGUGAAUUUUAAUGGAGUCGACAUGCAAACCAUUUUGUUUAGAUACCCAGAAACUUGUUCUGGGAAGAGCUAGGGCAGGUCAGAGUAGGCCUGAUGGGUAACUCAGGUAAAGAUGCUUUUCUUUUAUCUGAACCACUGAAUGAUUGCUUUACUUUCAGUUUUUAAAAUUUGGAACUCUAAUAAAAGA